CUUCCAGUGGGGAAGACCUCGUUGAUAACCAGGUUCAUGUACGACAGUUUUGACAACACCUACCAGGCGACAAUUGGCAUCGACUUCCUAUCAAAAACCAUGUACUUGGAGGACCGCACAAUCAGGCUGCAGCUGUGGGAUACGGCGGGUCAGGAACGUUUCCGUAGCCUCAUUCCCAGUUACAUCCGUGACUCGGCCGCCGCUGUAGUAGUUUACGAUAUCACAAAUGUCAACUCGUUCCAGCAAACCACAAAAUGGAUCGACGACGUCAGAACGGAAAGAGGAAGUGACGUCAUCAUCAUGCUAGUAGGAAACAAGACAGACCUCGCCGAUAAGAGGCAGGUGUCUAUCGAAGAAGGGGAGAGGAAAGCCAAAGAGCUGAACGUCAUGUUUAUUGAAACCAGCGCCAAGGCAGGGUACAAUGUAAAACAGCUUUUCCGACGUGUGGCCGCCGCCUUGCCCGGAAUGGAAAGCACGCAGGACAAAAGCAGAGAAGACAUGAUCGACAUCAAGCUGGAAAAGCCGCAAGAGCCGCCAGUCAGCGAAGGGGGUUGCUCGUGCUAAUGGGGCGUGGUCUUCUCUUCCCCCUUCCUCCAGACCAUCUCUGCUUCCUCCUCCUCCUCCCCUCCCCCCCUCCCCUUGACAGCCGUGUGACUCUUGGCGUGCUCCUUCCCUGCCCCCCCCCUCGUCCCCUCCACCCCAUCGGUAACAUAGUGCGGUUCAUUAUUUGCUGCCUGUAUCGUGAAGAUUAUCCGUUAGCUUCACAAGCACAAAAAAGAGAGAGAGAAGUCAGUGUCUUCGUUAUUUAUAAGGAAAACACACACACACACACAGAGCCAAACUCAUCCUAGCGUAUUCUAGUAACCUUUUUUAAAAAGGUUCAAAUUUGGUCGAAUCUCUGUCCCUUUUUUUUUUUUGAAAGCGACGGCAUUGCACUUUCCCUAAAACCUAUGGAAAUAGCUACGUUUUGGAUGUGGCGAACUGAGGGCAUGCAGGGUAAUACUUUUAACUGGAAAAAAUAGCCAGCGCUGAAGACCAUGCUGAAGGUCGAGGCUGGUCCUUCUUCGAAACCAAAAAAGACCCCCCCCUCUGCCUUUGAAGCCAAAAUCCCUCUGACCCUUUUUUUCUAAACAGUAGCCUUUUCAACACAGCGGGCCUGGCUAUUGCGUUUUAAAUUUUUGUGUGUGUGUGUUCAUUUCCGUUUCUCGGUGUCGGAAGAAGCCGACUUCCGACACCUGCUUUCGAGAUGCGUUAGCCGGGGAGGCGAAGGAGUCGUGUCACGCAGGCAAAUUUCAGAAGGCUCAGCUGGCUUUCUUCUCUUCUCCUGCAAAAUGAGCAAAUUUAAUUUUCGUAGCGUGUCUUUCGACUGUUGCAUUGGGGGAGGAACUUCUUUAGAAACUGGGAGCGGGGAAAGGCAAGGAGGGAGUAUUUAAAGCGACGCAGGUUCUAGCAUUAAAGACAGUUUGGCUGAGCCGGCCGGUGUCUCCCAGAAAUAAAAUGGCGUCCAAGGUACCUGGGCGCAGUGUGAAGUUAAAAUGUGAGGAGGAGGAGGAAGAAAAAGGAGAGACUGUUCCUUAGUAGGUUUGAGCUAAACAGAACUUGGGGGCAUUUACUUGUUUUAAAAAAAGUAGAAUUUAAAGGGCCCCUGGCUUGAGGGAAGGGAGCAUUAAACGCAGGCAACAUUGCAGUUAUGCAGACUUUUUUGCCUUUCUUUUCAGAAUUUUUUUUCUUUUUUUUUAAUGUAGCGUCUUUUGAGUCUGAUUCCGCCUAGUUUGGUUAAGUUAACCGGUCGUCUAGUAGUAUGUUUUAACCGAACGACACCCUCUAACUGCGGUUUUCUUUUCGAUAUUUAUUUCCCUGCUUUAAUUUUUUUUUUAAAUUUCAUCGUUGAGGAAUUUGUUCCAUUAGAACUUUUGCUGACCCGUCACACACGACGUAGCUGCCAGUGAAAACGCUUUUGAGACACGCACGCACUCGCCCGUCACACCCUAGAAGUGCACUCUGAAAUCUGUACUGGUCCUUGUGAAAUUGUUGUGUGAGUUAACAAAAACACGAUUUGUAAAUACAUUGUUUGCAGGGAAAGGUACACGAGGGCGUGGUGGGGGUCAGAUCCAGGAAAGGUGUUGCGUCUCUUGGUGACCAAGUGUGUGUGUGUGAGGAGGGGGGGGGGAUUAGAUUCUUCUCCUUUGAAUCCCCUCCACCUUAGGGCAGAGACGCCCCUCCCCCAAGUACCCGUCGCUUCAGAUGUACAUUUUCCGGCGUUGUGGAAAUGGAAUGGCAACACGCAUCACUUUAACCUGAGUUUUCCAAUAACUGUGCAUAUACCAGUAAUGUCAUGUUAAGGGGCAGAAGAAGACAUUUUAAAACAAAAUGCUUUAUAAUGCAAUAUUAAUGAGGUGACCUUUUUAAUUUUUGUUUUCCUUUUGAAGUAGCGCGUCCGGAAAGACGCCAUUUAAAUAUGGCGGCCGAGCGAUAUUCUUUCCCUGAAAAGAUAUCAAAAUGGCGACCCGGCUACUUCCCCUUUCCCUGUAUCGUUGUAUCCUUAAAUGUGCAAAAGAAAAGACGAGAAAAAAAAAAAGAUCCAUCCUGCUGCUUUUUAAUAUUGAGUUUUCCGUGGCUUGGGUUCUUAAAAGGAAUGAAAAUGUGUACACGGGUUGGAUUUUUUUAAACAUGCACAGAAUUUUUUGCUUCCAAUAAAGUAUCUAAUCAAAACACUAAAA